GUUUAUGUUUACGUCUUACCAGCAAGAAAUUUUGCUGGACGGGCAAAUUCGCCUAUAAGAUGGAAACAGGAAACGGAAUAUGUAGAAUGUGUCUUGUUUCGUGCAAAAAGAUGUGCCCACUGUUUGAUUCUAGUGCAAAUUCGGAGCUGUUAGGUAUUAUUCGAAACACUGUACGACUGCAGAUCGACGAAGAUGAUAAAUUUUCAAAAAUGAUAUGCAAACAGUGCAUUUCGCGACUGAAGUCAAUCGAUGAACAUGUAAAAUUGUUUCACGCAUCUGAUCGCAAGCUUCGAGGAGCAAUUUCUACUGAUCACGGCCACGAUUUGGAAGUGGAACGUCUCAAAAUGGACUUUUCGCCAAAUGCAGUGGAUGAAUCUCAGGGAGUCGAUGGCACUGUUACAUCUUCCAAGCGAUACGAUUAUGAAAAGAACGAAAGCGCAAAAACAGAAACCGAAUCAACACGCAGAUCUCUUCGUAUUCGCACUCGAUGUAACCAAUCGGAUAACCAUCAGGAAGAGGAAACAGACGACGAAGCAUCUGCGAAAGAAGAGAUAGAUUGCGAUAAUGAAAACACAGACAGUACCUUCAAGCCGAAAGUCGAGAAUGCCACCUUCGCUCAACUAGUUGUAAAAUGUACAAUCUCGAACAGUGAGCCGAAAACGAAACGGCAAAAGAAAAACACAAACCUUCGUCAAACUAACCGAGCGGUGAAGGACCUAUCCAACGCCCGUGUACCAAUGCUGCAUGAUUUCAAGUGCUACAUUUGUAGUAGCGAGCCGUUGGGUUCUCGGAAAGCGUUGAUAGAACAUCUAGCUACGCACGUGGACAAAGUACCGUACACCUGCAAACGGUGCGUCAUGGAAACCAUCGUCCUAACACGAGUGCGUACGCUGAACACGCAUAUGAAGAUGCACGAACAACCGAUCAAGUGUGACUACUGUGAUCGUCGCUAUAGCAAUGCGGCUGGUAAAUAUUAUCACACUCAUACGUACCACCUAGGCGGUGGUGCUCCUUGCAUCGUACAUUGUAAGAUUUGUGGCAAACAGUACGGCUCCCAGGCUGCACUUAAGCAACACAUGAAGUAUCAUACCACAACGUUGAAAUGCAGCAAGUGUGACAUGGUAUUCAACCAUCCAAACAAACGGCGUAACCACGAGCUUACGCACAACGAGGACAGAGGGUACGAGUGUGUUGUUUGCAAAAAAGUCCUUCAAACAAUCGAAUCAUACGACGUGCAUCUGAAGAAACAUUCCCAGGAACGUAGCUACCAGUGUACGCUUUGUCCGAAGAAGUUUAACACAUCCUUCAAUCUGAUACUUCAUCUGAAGGUGCAUGCGAAAAACUACAACUAUCGGCCAGCCAAAUCUUGGGUGGAACACUACACGAUACUAAGCCGCAAUCCGAUGCAGUACAAGUGCAAUCACUGUGAGCGUUACAGCACCGAUAAGGUGAACAACAUGAUCUCGCACCUGCAGGCCCAUUUUAAGGAAUACGAAUGCGAUCAGUGCAAACGGUUGUUUGCAACGGGCAAGCAGCUGAGAGCACAUUACACUACGCACACGGGUGAAAAAUCGGAAAUGUGCCAACACUGUGGCAAAUGCUUUUCCACCAAGAAUAAUUUGCGAAUCCAUAUCAAAUCUCACGAGCGUGAAAACGGUGAAGUUCGUAACGGUAGCUUACUACCUACGGCACAUGACUAUCCUCCCGAACCAUGCAUAGAGAUCGAAGCAGUAUCCAAUAGUACCAAUAUUAGCUAAUAGGACAUUCACACACCUUGGACGAAGGAUCGAAGCUUUGUCAAUUUAACAGGUAGAAAAACGUCUUAUUCUUAUUAAAAAAUUAUAACAUCUAACGCUACUUUACAAGACACUGGUCGAUGUGUUGAUUGACCGUACUUAGCGACACCGUUUUCCCACAGAUCGGGCAUUCACAG